CCGGACCGAUUCGCAGCCAGCGCGAACUUGCCGCGCGCUCGUCUCCGCUCUUGCGCGUACACCGCUUUCUCGGCUCUUUUCGUCGGAACUUUCCUCCCCGAAGCUCGAGCGCCCCCGCAUUCAUCUCCGCACUCGGGGCCGCCAACUGCUGGGAAACUCCGCGCCCCCCGGCUGUGCGCGCGCGCGAGCGCGAGUGUGUCUGUGUAUUUACAAGUGGCGCGCGAUCAGUGGCUCGACACGCGAAACUUUUUCCGCACGUGCGAGAAAGGCCCCUACCCUGUGCGCUCGCUCGCGGCCUCCGCCAGCUGGUGGACUGGCGGCGCGCAGCCCGCGGCAGUGUGUGCCGUUUGCCCACGAAAAACAUCGGUGGCCGCUUUUAAUUGAGGCGGCCGCUCUUAACGAAGCCGGAGCCCGGAGGUGGGAAGUGAGCUGCGACGGCGGCGGAGACGAAGUGCAAGCUUGCAUAAUGGUCGAAUCGAUUAUGCCCGCGGUGAGAAGGCGCAUUUCGGGCCCGCCUGCUCGAGGCACUAAUGACUACACCAGCAGCGGCUGCGGCAGCGGAAGCGGCGACGGUGUCUGCGGCCAGCGCGUUUGCCUGCAGACUCGACGAGCGUGAAUAUUCUGCGCGGGCUCUCGCUUGCCGGAAUUUCGAGAAUUGAAUUGAGGAGCUCGUGCGGCAGAGCCGCUUAUAUAUACCCGGCCCCGUAUCUGCGACCGCGCGCUCUCUUCCCGGCGUAUGUGGGCUUUGCCAUUGUGCGCGCGGACACGUGAAUUAUUGGCGGGCUAAGCAGUUAACGGCGCCGCACAGCCGUGCAGUAUGGGCUGCCUCGGAGAAGCAUGAGGGACGAGAGCGAGAGCCGCCGCUUUCUGCGCCUGUGUAAUCAAAAGCGAGUAAUGCCGCGCGCCGGCAGCCCUCCGGUCUGGAGUCUCUGCGAGGCCAGCCGUUGACCGGCUCCGUAAUUUCUGUUUUCUUCCCGCCGGCCUUUCUGCUGCUGCUGAUGCUACUGCGGUCACUGUUGUUCCCGUGGUGAAGUGCGUGUUUGUGCAGUGUGUGCGCCCGCUGUCGAACGCGACCGGCUUGUGUGAUUGGCUUGCAUAAUUGAUUAACUGGAUUGGGUCGCGGCGGGCGCGAGUAUGCGGGGCCCCGGAAUAAACAUUGUGUGAUUUAGUUGCGCUCGGCCACCGUCGUCCGAAAUUCAGUGAACAGCGACUGCAGAGCCGCGGAGCCGAGAGCCACGUAGAGAGACGACGAGAGGAAGGAGCUGCCGCCGCUUGAUCGAGGACAGAGCGCACAAAAGUCGAGUCGAGAUAAAAAUUGAGCUGUAAAGCAUGGACUGGUGAUUGAGAAAAUACAAAGCCGGAUUUUCUUCUAAACCACAUCAUGGCGACGCGUACACAUCGCUGUAUUUCCGGACAUUAAUUGCAGUAAAACGUUUUUUUUCAAAGCUUGCGAGGAGUAUAUUUCAGCCCCGUGCGACCGGAUCAGGAGUAAUAGAUAAGAAGUGUGUCAGUGCUAGCGCGAGGAUGGACGAGCGGAGGCAUCGGGGCCCUCCGAGCUGGGCCGCGACUGUGCUGCUUCUGCUGCUGCUGCUGGUCGGCGCCUCCGCAGCCGGCACGCUGGAGAAGCUUCACGAAGAGCACGUACGUGAAUUCAGCUGCGGCAUGCUGUACUACAGAACACUCUACCUGGACAGCAAGAGAGACGCCUUGUACGUCGGAGCGAUGGACAAGGUCUUUAGGCUAAACUUGAGCAACAUUAGCCACUCCAACUGCGAGAGGGACGCCCUCAAUCUCGAGCCGAGCAACGUUGCCAACUGCGUGUCAAAGGGCAAAUCAGAGCACUUCGACUGCAGAAAUCACAUAAGAGUGAUACAGCCCAUGGAGGAGGGUAACAGGCUAUAUCUGUGCGGUACGAACGCUCAUUCGCCUAAGGACUGGGUGAUCUACAGCAACCUGACUCACUUGACGCGGCACGAGUACGUGCCCGGAGUGGGCAUUGGCAUAGCCAAGUGCCCCUACGACCCUGCGGACAACUCGACGGCCGUCUGGGUCGAGAAGGGCAAUCCGGGAGACCUGCCAGCCCUCUACUCGGGCACCAAUGCCGAGUUCACCAAGGCCGACACCGUCAUCUUCCGCACGGAUCUCUACAACUUCACCACCACCGACAAGGCCUACAGCUUCAAGAGGACACUCAAAUACGACUCCAAGUGGCUCGACAAGCCCAACUUCGUCGGAUCGUUCGACAUCGGCGAGCACGUCUUCUUCUUCUUCCGGGAAACAGCUGUGGAGUACAUAAACUGUGGCAAGAGCGUGUACUCGCGCGUGGCCCGGGUCUGCAAGCGGGACACCGGCGGCAAGAACAUCCUCGCCCAGAACUGGGCGACCUAUCUCAAGGCGCGGCUCAACUGCUCGAUUCCCGGAGAAUUCCCCUUCUACUUCAACGAGAUACAGAGCAUCUACAAAGUGCCGGGCGACGACACGCACUUCUACGGCACGUUCACCACCUCGACGAACGGCCUGAUGGGCUCGGCCAUUUGCUCCUUCCACAUCGACGCGAUCCAGGAGGCCUUCCGCGGCAAGUUCAAGGAGCAGGCGACCUCAAGCAGCGCCUGGCUGCCCGUGCUGUCGAACAAGGUGCCGGAGCCCCGGCCCGGCCAGUGCGUCAACGACACCGAGACGCUGCCCGACACCGUCCUCAACUUCAUCCGCUCGCACCCGCUCAUGGACUCGGCCAUCUCGCACGAGAACGAGAAGCCCGUCUUCUACAAGCGCGACGUCAUGCUCACCAGGCUCGUCGUCGACAAGCUGCGCAUCGACUCGGCCGGCCUCGACCUCGAGUACACCGUCUACUACGCCGGCUCCAGUGACGGCCGGGUCCACAAAGUCGUCCAGUGGAUCGACGGCGAGGGAGAGUCCCAGUCGAUUCUGUUGGACGUGUUCGACGUGACGCCCGGCGAGCCAAUUCAGGCUAUGGAAAUAUCGCGGGAGCACAAAGCGCUCUACGUCGCCUCCGAUCACAGGAUCAAGCAGAUCGACCUGGUCAUGUGCUCCCGGCGCUACGACAACUGCCUCAGAUGCGUCCACGACCCUUACUGCGGCUGGGACAAGGACACCAACUCCUGCAAGCCCUACGCGCCUGGCCUGUUGCAGGACGUGUCAAACAGUACGGCCGACGUGUGCGACAGCAGCGUGGGCAAACGCAAGCUCGUGGUCACGUGGGGCCAGUCGGUGCACCUCGGCUGCUUCGUCAAGAUGCCCGAGGUUCUGGCCAACCAGGAGGUCAGAUGGUACCACUACAGCAAGGAGAAGGGCCGCUACCAGAUAGCCUACAAGUACGGCGUGGCCGGCGACAAGUUCAUCGAGACCUCGGAGAAGGGGCUGGUGAUCGUCAGCGUGAACGAGCAGGACGCCGGCAGGUACGACUGCUGGCUCGGGGGCGCCCUGCUCUGCUCCUACAACAUCACCGUCGACGCGCACAGGUGCUCCGCGCCCGCCAAGUCCAACGACUACCAGAAGAUCUACUCCGACUGGUGUCACGAGUUCGAAAAGUACAAGUCAGCCAUGAAGAGCUGGGAGAAGAAGCAAGCGCAAUGCGCGUCGAAGCAAAACGACAGCAACCAGAACCUGCACACGAACGAGGUCUACGGCGCGCCCCUGGUGUGAUGGAAACGAUCGCUGGCGCCCUCGCCGAGUCGGGAGGACGACACCGAGACCAUCUUCAUAAGCGUCCUGCCGCAAAACGGCGCCACUGGUUCUCCCAACCGACUGUCCUCUGCGUUGCUGCUGCUACUCUGUUACUGCUGCAACCGACACGCGCUCGCCCUGCAAAGGAGCCUCGUUAAGUAAAUCUGCCGCGCGAGCCUGUCGGGGCACUUGGGAGAGAAAGAGAGCGAGUGAUUGCGGAAAAGAGAAAUCCUUAGCUUGUAAGUGACGCGUGGAGAGGGAGAAAGACGAGGAGAGCGAACGAGCGAGCUUGCGCAGGCGGGUUGAGAGAAAGAGACUCGCGCCGGCGGUGUCCGCGAGUACUUCUUUUAUAUUCUCUACUACGCGCGCGCGCGCUCCACCGCCGCGAUUCGCUCACCCGUUCGUUCUCCCGCUGAUCUUCUUCUCUUCUCUCGCUUGCUGUAAAUAGCGUGCGUUUGUACUGUAGAGAGCGCGCCGCGAGCCCCCGUGCCACGGCUGGACAGACGCGAGGGCGCACUAACUGUUAAUCGACGAAGCUGGGGAGAAAACUAGUAAGAAGCGAAGGCGACGGUUCGAGAGCAGCCACGAGCACUGCUGGAUGCCAAAUUAAGUGUUCUUAAGGGGGCUGGAUAGAGGGUUUGUCGGAAAACGUCCAUGAUCCUUUUCCCUUCUCGCGAUCGCGAAAAGAGCCUAUCGGGACUAUUUUGCAUCCUUCUGCACACGUGUGUAUCAUUAUUAAUAGAGGAGGAACAGGAAACGAGCAAACGAGAGAAAGGCUCGGCUGAGCUGAGACUCGCGUGCGGGGGGGGGGGGGGGAGAUAUAUUACGUCGGGCACACGUCGGGCUGCGCGUGUACAUUUUACUAAUAUAGGCGAAUUAACUUUGUAUAAAACGAAAAACAAAAAAGACUAUAAAGACAGAAUUGUAUAAUGUAUUCAGCGUUUUCUUAGACCUGUGAUAUAACGAGGGAGGAAAAGUAUGGUAUAAUUAAUUAAUAUAGAUGAAUUAAGGAGAAAAAGUGAAGAAAAAAAAAGAAAAAAGAAACAGCUAAAUACAAUCAUGCGAGAAAACGCGGUCCUCCAGAUCGUCGCGGGAUGUGCAGCCACUUUAUUACUUAUUGUAUAUUAUGAGCACGCGUUAUGUACGUAGGUUUUAAGGAGAGUAUCGCGACUGCCUCUGCUGAGACGCGGCAGCGUGUAUCGUUCAUUUUGAUCGGCUGCCUCGCCGCCGCGCGAUCGCGAAACGUCGAUUAUAUUGCGCGAACAGACGGGCGUUCCCGAAACGUCGCCGUCGUCACGCAGGUUACAUAUUGAGAUUAUUCGCGUCGGUGCGUGCUUCUCUGACGGUCGACUAAUCUUUUACUUUCUUAUCGCAAGAAACUUUUUUUUGCUAUCAUCGCGUUUAUACUCUUUUUUUACUACUGAUAUAUGAUAGUAAGGAUUUAAUGCGUCUGAUUAGCUCGUAAACGACUAUUUUUAGUACUCUUUAUUCUUUAUUUUUUACUUGCCACGCGCGUACAUACUGUUAAGUGCAUUCUGACUACUUCUUACUUACAUUAGUUUUAUUUUCAUCGCGCGACGUGUACUUACUUACGGUUAAACGAGGGGAGCUUUGACUAAACAUUUACUGAAACUAUGUACUGUUUAUUAUACUGCCAUGUUUUUACUUACCGUUUUUAUAUGCGUUUAUCUUCUCCGACUCCUGACUAUAUUUGUAUAUUUAACUCCAACAAACAGACUGUUGCGUAGCGCUGCGGUAAAUCUACGACUUUCACGACUAAGCGAGAUAUUUCUUUCAGACUGUCUAUGCGUAUACAGAGCUGAUCUCCGGUCUUUGAUUUGCUUACUUUGAUGUACGGCAAAGCAACUCUACGUGUUUUUUAAAAAUUAAAAAUUAUCCGUGAACGUAUUUUUAAAUAUAUCCGAGUAUAUGAAGACAGGCAUACAACACAUCCAUCGUGUGGUUUCUAUACAAAGCCCGAGCAACCUUGAACUUUAUGAUGCUUUUCUACAUUUUUAUACGAGUAUGAAACGCUGUAAUCGGGUCGAAAGGUAACUUUCAGAGCCACGCUUCGCGGGACGAGUUAAAAGAACAAACCCAUUAUUCAAAGCAAUUACCGCUGGGCCAGCUCUAGCUUUUAACUGGUGAGAUAUUUCUUUUAGUACUCGAUUUAUUAUUCAGUGACGCGAUUCGCCCGGAAAAUCCGAAGCGCGCGCCAUCUCGACUGCACUUCCCGAUCGCGCGCAUUGUCCCGGCAAUCCAAGGUGCUACUCGCAGAGAUAUACUUAUGCAAAACCUAUAUCACGUAGCUUCUACUGAUUUUAAUUGCGUACGCAUCCUACACGGCAGAUGAGUUUAAGCGUUUCGGUUGCGCCAGGUGGUGUGCCCGCCGCGCUAUGAAGUUUUAACGUGUCUCUGCCACGGAAAUACAUGGAGAAUUUCGCUUUGAAAGUCGGACGCUCUUCGCCACGCACUACACUAUACAUGUACAUACAUACCUUGCGCGGAUUUUCCGAGCUUUGGAGUAGGGUCUCAAGAACGGCUAUAGCCGGCGACGGCGAGCCGGGUGGGUCCUUGAGACGCGCGCGCGGCAUAAAGUGCUGCGCCCGCGCACUAGCUAAGCUUCGACGAUGGGAAAAUCACUGCUGCCACGCGAACCGUAUAACCCACAUAGAUAUACAUAGAUACGUAUAUGCGAGUCCGCGUUCGAGAUCAGACUUAUUACUUCAAUAAACUUGUAGAUAAUUAUGUAGAAACUCUCUGGACUCGAGCGAAUGAAUUUGUUAAAUAUUUGAAACCGUUUCUUCGCUCUCUUCGCUGGCGCAUUAUUAUAAAUAUUUUUUUUUCUCCUUCGUGCAAAAUCAUAACGAUGGGGUUUGAUUUAAAAAGACGAUCAUUAACAAUUUUUUCACUCAAUUCAUUGUUCUCACGAUUGUUAUUAUUAUUAUUGAUAUUUUCCAUUACGGAUUUUUCCUGUAAAUAAAAGUAAGCAAUUUGCGUGUAAUGAAAGCAAUCAUUUCCCUCGAGGGUAUUUUCAUGAAUAUUUGAAUGUUGCGUAAUAAUAUGAGCGUUCAUUGAAUCAAGUUCUUAGAUUAUAAUAGUUAAGGAGAAUUUAUCAAGAUAUUCUUUUUUUAUUAAUAAAUGUGCACUUGAAAAAAUUCCUUUUUCCUUGUUUACUUUACUUUAUUAUACCUUAUUAUUUAUCUAUAGGGCGUGCAUCUAUUUCUCGAGCUUUCGUACUUACAUUCGACAUGCGACCACUAUUCGCGAGGUUGAAAUGAUAAUCUGUGUAUUGAGAGUUGCUAUUCCUCUCGUCGAAACUGCAAAUGUGCCGUCGAGACCAAAAUAAGAGGACUCCGCUGCUCUUAUCUCCUUCGCUGUAAGCAACGCGCUGUGUAUUACUAAAAGGAAAGAAAAUUCGAGAGGCUAUGCGAAGCCUUUCAACGUACGGAUUUAUGUUCCCUAAUAAAGAGAGACAGUGAUAUAGAUUCAAGAUUCUUGCCCUUAAUCUGUAAAUAUAGAAAAAAACACUGUGUAUGCGCCUGUGAGCCCCGGACUACGCGCGAUCACGCGCAUGCACAUCUUUCUCGGGCGACGGAGGGUAAACAAUGUCUGUAAACACAUAUACAUACACAAGACAAAAUCUUUAUAAUACACUGAUGAGGUUAUAGUUAUAUAUAUAAAUAGAGAGGGGGGGGAGAGAAAGAAAAUCGUGUAAUUCUUUAUAAGUUCUGUAAAUAGCCGUUCUCCGCGAGAUCGAUAUAAAUUUAUAAAUAUAUAAAUAUAUACAUUUAGAUAAUAGAGAGUAUGAAACAAACACGAGACGAUUUAAUUUUGUACCUCGUCGACAUAGUAGCGGUAGUGCAAAGUAAAGGAGAAAACAAUGGGAGAAAGAAACGAUAGGUUUUAAAUGAAAAAAUAUCGAGUAAAUGCGUAUCCCGUGAAUAAGAGCCGAGAAAAAAUGAUGUUGCGCGCGAGAAUCAUAGACUACACAAGAUUAAUCCAAUAAUCAAUAAUUUAAUCCUCAAAUAUGUACUUAUAAAGAGCUUCGACAAGUAUUGAAUAGUAUCACGACAUAAGGUAAGCUACACGCAGCAGAGGUGAAGUAUAGGGAGUCGACGAGUUUGAUUUUGUAGUAUUGCAAAGAGCAGGCGUCGCAACGAUGCUUUGGAUUAUCAAUUACAAAGAGAGCCGAGGAGGAGAGACAGAGUGCGUGCGUGCGUGUGAGACGGAGAGAUGAGUGUGAAAAAAUAUGCGUCCAUCCAGCGAGCACGCGAGUGGCUCAUCCUGCUUGAAACUGUGCACACAGCGUCCCACGGAACCAACGAAAGAGCUCGAGUAGGUACAGAAAAGCCCCCGGAUAGAGAAUCUGCUGCGAGUGAUUUUCUACCGAUGCGUCUCUCGUCGAGCACAUAUUAUUAUAAUAUAUGAUAUAGAAUAAUACGAUGUGCGUUGCGAAUACGUAAGCGAGUAGUAAAAAGGUCAAAAGAAAAAUUAUCUUAUAACGAUUAAGGAAAGCUAUAAAGAAGAGUACAUGCGCGAUUGUAAUAUUAUAUAUAUAUUACAUAUAGAUAUAUAUGUAUAAUAAGGCACUCAUGAUCUAUGGCUAAGGGCCGAAGCCGCAAACGCCGAGGCUCCCA